UGUACACGCCGCUCCUGCAAGCUGAACCAGGCGGUUACACUGAUGGCUCGUAUUUCUGUUGACUUUCACAUUAUGUUGUUGGCUGUCGCGGUGUGUCUCGCCUCACUUGGCCUCUCUCCAUCCCCUGGCCGUCUGUAUGAACGGACUGACUCAAGGUAAAUGUCCGGAGUGUGAAAUCAGCAGAUCCGUACCCGCCUGAUUGGUGCAGGCGGUGAAGGCUCUUUAAAACCUCCAUCUCUGCCCGACUGAGAGUCGACUGGAAAUGAACACUGGUCUCCUGGGUGAAAGUCCAGUUUUUGAGCCAGCUGUCAACCACCUCCUUACUCUGACUUUUCUGAGCUCUCUGGCUGGUCUCGCUGCACUACUAUGACACUGAGCUCUUGAAGGUUUUGCUUUUUUUGUUUGAAUUCACCAAUUCUCUUGAAGCCCACUUGAUUCCUCGAUGGGUUCCCGCAGCCAAGGCUUCUUCCACCACCACCACCACCAUCGUAGCUCCAUGGUGCCCACCGCGGUGCCGAGGCUGCUGGCUGAGAACGGCAGCCUGCUGGGGGGCAUCGCACAAAUCACCCCCAAUCUCUUUCUCAGCAGAGGGAACGUGGCAUCCAACCGCAGCCUGCUGUUGUCCAAAGGCAUCACCUGUGUGGUCAAUGCAACCAUCGAGCUCCCCAACUUCAACUGGCCUCACAUGGAGUAUGUAAAGGUCCCUUUGGCGGAUAUGCCCCACUCCCCCAUCUCCUUGUACUUCGACAGUGUGGCAGAUAAGAUCCACAGCGUUGGACGGAAACGAGGGGCAGUGCUGGUGCACUGUGCAGCGGGGGUGAGCCGCUCAGCCUCAUUGUGUCUGGCGUACCUCAUGAAGUAUCACCGUGUGUCUCUGGCCGAAGCCCACGCCUGGGUCAAAGCUCGCCGCCCUGUCAUCCGGCCCAACGGCGGGUUCUGGCGCCAGCUCAUCGAGUAUGAGAGGAAGCUGUUUGGUAGGAACUCUGUUAAGAUGGUGCAGACGCCCUACGGGGUCAUACCUGAUGUUUAUGAGAGGGACCGCAGAUGCCUGGCUCCGUACUGGGGCCUGUGAGAGAUCCACAGUGAGGGAUCGAGGAGGAAAGCGAAGAUGAGCCCUCUUGCCCUUCUGGACUGCAGGUUCAUGCGUGUUCAGGACAGGCGAAGUGAGACACGUGUGAGUGUACAUCUGUGUGAAGCUUAUUUAAUGAAUACUGGUGCGACAGAGGGAGUCAAACCAAACACUGGUUGUUGAUGGUGCUGCUGUUCGUCCAACCAGUUGCCUCCAUUUAGUCUUUGAGCAGGAGUGAGGCGACUUCAGGGUCAGAAUCCUUAAGACCAGAGGAUCGAUUGGGACCACACUGAUGUCAGACACCAAAACAAGAUGAAACGCUCAGUGUGGAAGUCGGUGCUGUCUAUCUCCUGGUCUGGUUCUAGUUCCAGGGAGAGGACGAGCACUCUGUGAUGGUGUUAGCUGAGAAUCCCCAGCUCUGACAGCAAUGUAACUGAAGCCCUUUCCCUGACGUGAUGUCAUGUGGUGGUAUUGUGCCAGUUUUGCAGUAGUCUUUAGUGUGAGGGCAGCAGCAUGCUCUCAAUUUAUGGUAGCAUUUAAGAUAAGUGUACAGAAAAAAAUAUAUAGAGAAAAAUUAUUUUAUUGGAAUGUACUAAUAGUGAGGAAAUGCUUAUGGCACACUUUAACUGAACAUUUAAAGAUGUUAUUAUAGCUACCUUUUUUAAGGUAAAAAUCUAGAAGCUAUAAGCUAAAAGUCAAGGAUUAGGGAAAGUUCCUGUGUACCACAGGGUUGACUGUUCCAUCCUGUGACCACACUAUGUUAUUGUAGUGCUAUUUGAUGCUGUAUUAAAAAAAUAUUUGUCACCUCAAGGGAACUGGUAGCUCUAUUUUAAAUCCAGCAUUGUUUCGCAGUCUUCUUCUUUACUGCCUUUGUGGGCACGUUACUGUGUUUCUUGGCAUAUUAUGGCCUCCUGUAGAUCAGUGGAAAAAUGUGAACUCUUCAUGUGUAGGCAUUCUUGUGCACAUCCUCAUGCACACACACAAUACAAACAAAACAGGGACCCACUGGGCACUACUAGUGAUAAAGCUAGUUAAAGAGUGAAACACUCCACAGCUAACCUUUAAUUGAUUCAUUAAAGCAUUAGAAAAUGGUGAAAAAUCAAACACAAAACAGCAGCUUACGGCGUGUGUUAAAACACUCACACUCAUUGUACACUGAUGUAACCCUGCAGCAUAUUGACACCUGUCACAAUACACCAGUGUUCGAUUUCCCAGCAUCGACUUUAACCUAUCAAAGGAGCUGCAGUUUCAUCACAUCAGCUUCCCAGAUUUGGAACCUCAUGGCUACCGUACAAUGACUAUUUCUUGUGUAUGGUGUGCCCUGUGUGUGGUACAGGUGCCAAUUUAUAUUGACGUCUUCAAAUGGCUUAUUUUGUCCGACAAACAGUCCAAAACAUACAAAGAUUUUUACAAUGAUGUAAAAAUGAAAAGCAGCUAAUUCUCACACGUUUGAGGCUGGAACCAGAGAUGAAGUUGUUCACAACUGUAAUAAUUACAAUACAUCACAGGUUGCAGAAUCACCCAUACUAUGAUACCAGCAUUAUCAUGGGUAGUGAAUGUAUCGUGUUCAUUUUGUAUUGUGAUUUCUCGACUUUCCCCUACUAUAGUGCAGUAUAAUACCACUGUUUGCUGUGGUCAGACAUCUGACAGACACAGCAGUGAUGUAUGUGGUGUCAAGUGCAAUAGAGUUGACAUUUUAACCCACAGAGGUCAGUGCAACAAUGCUUUUCCCCCCCAACAAUAACAUAAUGGAUUAAGUGUGAUAUUAAUUUUUUUAAAGAUAAUAAAAGUUCAUUGGAAUGAUAAUUGUUUGCAAGAGAAAGAUGUUCUUGUCUGGAGCACAAUAUUUAAUCUGACUUCAAAGUAUUUCAUGCCCCAAGACUGUGAUAUUAAAAUAAAAAUAAAUAGAGUCA